GCAAAAACAGAAAACAAGGAGCAAACCGGCGGCAUCGCAAAAGCUUAGUAAGCUGCGCUGCUGCUGCCGCCGCUGCUGUUGCUUCUUCUUCUCUGUUUUCUUCUUCUUUUUUAUUUUUGCAAACAAAAAAGUAUAUGAUGCCCAAACAAGAAGCGCAAGAAGAAGCAGCAGUCGGGAGAGGAACGAGCAUAAUAGAAGGUAGAAAUUUCGAGGAAAUCGAAAUUUGCGUCGUUGCUGAAAUUCGUUUGUUUCCUCAUCCUCCUCCUCAACGUCCUCUUCAUCUGCUCUUUCGCUCUCUGUUUUCCUGAGCGCCGGAUUUUGCGGCUCUGUGUCUGAGAGUGUGUGUGUGCCGUGUAUCUGUGUGUUUUUGUGCAAAAAUUCGCAUACAAUUUGUUUUAUAUAACAACAACUACCCCAAUGUGAUUUCCUUUGCUCAGCCGACUUUUUGCUCAUCUCCCAGUUUUGGGUUUUAUCUUAAACCAAAGCCGAAUAUUAUACAAUAUAUUUCGAAAAAGUUGUUAACGAGCCAAAGUUUUAUAUCGCAGGGCUGUAAACAAAUGAACGCCACAAUGCACAGAAAAAAUAAGCUAGUAUUCACUAAAUCUUUAUUUUAUAUUACUUGAUUAAUUUGCUUGCUUGGUUAAUAAAACAAACGAAUUUAGAGUACAACUCGACUUGAAUUCUAAAUGGUAUUACAAAUGUAAACACAAUCCAAUUACUUUCUGUGUAUUCAAAACAAAAAACCGUAGCUCAAAUUCGCACAAGCGUUUUUUUCAUUUUUCUUUUGAUUUAUCGAAUUCCUUUUUUUCAAUUGUCAUACGAAUAAAAGUUUGUCUGCGAUGUGCGUUACUUUUUGCAAAGCCUUUCAUAGUUCGAAUAGCAAAGGCAGCAACAAUAUAAUAGUAAAGCCAACGACGCCGAAAUAUAUUUUAGCAUUCAUAUAUGCGAUUUUUUGCUUUUUGCGAGCUUUGGUUUGCCGCGCAAAUUUGCGCUCUCGAGAUAGAAAUGUAUCUUGCAGAUACACGCGCCUUUUCUCGAAUUGAAAUUGAAAUGGGCUCCGCCGCCUUUUAUGUGGCAUCAUCACCGCCAUCAUCAUCAUUAUUAUUAUUAUUAUGACUACUAUCAUUAUUAUGGAGAUGCGUGCGUAAUGGCAGAUGAAGAAUCUGAGCCGUAGAAUCUGCGAAUUUAUCGCAGCUCAAAUCCGAGCACACACAAAAAGCCAGUACAAAUUUAGGGCCGAUAAAAGGAUGUCAGAGGAAGUAAAAAAAAGGAUAAAAGGGGAAAAAACGCAGGAUAAUAGAUACCUUUGUUAUUGCUGAAAUUAUUAUGCUAACUGAAAUAUCUAUGUUAAAAUCGUCAUUUUCAAGGCAAUUCUAUACUUAUUUCAAGGAACUUAUAUAAUAACCGAAUAUAAUAUCUAACUAGAUAGGCGAACAAAAUAAAGUUUAGAACGGAUAUAAUUGCAGUUCGUAAAACAACAGAAACCAAGGGGAAAAAACUUCGGUUGGCUUUUGGAAAAACGUUCUCAAAACUUUAUGGCUUGAAGAGCGUAAUCAAGUAAAUCAGUAAUAUUAAUAAUAACUUGAAACUUUUAGUUUCUCAUACAGAGCUUCUUUUAAUUUGAUAACAAAAACGGGCGCAAACAAAAGAUAAACUAGAAAUGAAAAGAUAAAAGCUGAAAAUUUGUUAAUUUUGAAUAUGGCUCUUUCCAAUCUUGGUUUGUAUUUUCACUGUCCCCUGGGAUUGUUUUCCACCCCCAAGCCACGGGUUAAUGCCCCAGCACCUCAUCAAUUUCCCGAUUUGAGCGUUGACAAACUGAUGACAUUGGCGCCGGGCCAUCGUGUUGGCGGCAUGUUUGUGCGGACUAUUUAACAAAUUGAGUAUACGCACUGUUGCACGCGUAAAAUAUUUAUGCCUGUACCCAAAUGUAUUAGCAUACUUUUGUGUGCGUGGGCGUGUAUGUGUGUGCAUGGUUGUGUGCAUUAGAUUAGUGAAUAAAAUUCGGUGAUUUUAUUUCGCCCCCGAUUUUCAUUUAUUUCCCAAGCCAAACAUCGCGUUGAGCGGAGAAAUGAGAAAAUGCUCUUGCUAAUCGUAUUGACUGGAAGAGCGUGAAGAGUUCGCCAACGUUCCAAUAAUCGCGUAAAGAUAAAAAAAAGCUAUAUAGUUAUAAUUACAAUCGCGGUUGGGCCUGAAAAAGGAGCCCCAGCCGGAAAGCGGUGACAACAAAAAAGUCGGAUUGCAAUGUGUUGGUUUUACAAUCGUCGCCUCUUUGUGAUUCAAUUGAUUGAGAUCCUACUGCUGCUGCUAACCGACCACAAUGGACGACUGACACUAACCAAGGAGUCGACAACAGUUGCUGCCGCCGUCGCCCAACCGAAGAACUCAACCGCACUCCAGCCAUAUCUGCAGAUCCAGAAACACGCCGUCACCAGACUGACCAUCAGCAAGCCCCACACCCCGUACUAUUUGCCAUGCAUACCCAUCCUAACGCCCUACAACCACGAUCAGGACAACCAGCCCAUCUACUGCAGCUGGUAUCAAAAUGACGUGGUUGUCGAACAAGUAUCAUAUCGCAAAAAUGACUUCUUUAUCUAUGACAAUGGUACGCUGCGUCUGCCCACCAAUGAAAAGGCCAGCGGCGAGUAUUACUGCAAGAUCGAGUGGGAUGAGUCUGCGGUGAUAUCCGACCGAAUCACAGUCGAGUAUCCUGUGCUCAAGCGUCUAUUUCCUGGCCAACAGCAGACGGCCAACAUCAGUGCGUUGGAGAACAAGCCGCUAGUGCUGAGCUGCCCCUUUCUGAGUGUUCCAGCUGCCCGUUUUAGCUGGUACUUUGGCAACGAUUCCCUGACCAAUGACAACAGUGCACUCAUCCUGUCCAAUGGCACCUUAAUAUUGAGGCAUUUGCGUCUGGAACAGGCGGGAAAAUACAAAUGCGUGGCCCAGAACACAUUUGCCAGCAAGACGCACCGCCAGUUCAUUUGGCAACUGCAAGUGGAGCCAAAGGAUGCUACAUUUUAUCCCAAAAAUGAGGCGGGGAUUACGGAGACAGCCGUUUCGGAGGCCCAACUACUGCCGGCGUUUCAGAAUGCAACGGUUUUUGUGCCCGCCGGCGGAUCAGUGCUGCUACAAUGCCACGCGGUGGCAGACUUUGUGCCAAUUGCGUGGUACCUCCAGCCGCCGAACAACAAGAUGGUUCGCCUGAGCAACAAUAGUGUGGCCUAUUCCAUCACGAAUGCUAGUAUAGCGCGGCAUGAAGGACGCUACAGUUGUAUAACCCCACUGGAAACGCAAAACUUUCUGGUGAUUGUAACAACACCUCCUAGGAUUGUGAGUCGCCUGCCCGUCGAGGUGGUGUAUAUUGGUCUCUCGCGAACACUAACCUGCCGGGCAGAGGGGCAUCCGGAACCGAGUAUCACCUGGUACCACAACGGCGUCCAUCUGAACAGCUCCUAUACACGCUACAUUAGCGGGAAUGAGUUGCACGUCCAUUCGUUUGAUUCCAAGGAGGAGGGCAUCUACCAGUGUGUGGCCAAAAAUGUGGCUGGUGAGGAUACGGCGACGGGUGAGCUGCGAUUCAACCGACAGCUCGAGGAGGUCAACCCACUGCAGAACAUUCGCUGCUAUCCGCACAGUUUCCAUUCGAUCAACAUCACCUUUGACAGCCGCACCCUAACGUCAAUGUUCGUGGUCUAUAUUGUGAGAAACAAUCCCCACAGUUGGACCUCGUUUUCGCCAAUGAAGCUGAAUCAGACAUCCUACGUGGUGAUAUCCACUGAUUUGCCCGUUUACGAGCCCUUUGCUUUGAUCACCCGGGUAUUAUUUCCCACUACAGAGGUAAGGACAGGAACCUUGGUCCCCCAGCAGAUGAUUCUCAGCUCGUUGAGAAGUACACCAGUCACGUGCUGUACCCAGGGAUUAAUGCUUCGACCCAUUGCUGUGGGUAAUGACACGUUUGUAAAGUGGUCGCAGGGUCAGUUGGAGAACAAGAAGUACUUUAUCCUGCAGUUUUCGAUCAACCACACCCAUCCGCAUCCUGCUCAGCUCUUAAAUGGAUCUCUGCAAGGCACCCUGACAUCUGUCGAGGAAAAAGCCGACCAGGUGCGACACCAUCUGACCGAAAUCCAGCCUCUUAAUCAAUCUGCGGCAGCCACAGUGCUGAGGAAUGUGGAGCACGAGGACAACGUUGUCGACGAUACUCUAGAACUGGAGGAUGACAUCUUUAGUCUAGUGGUGGAUGCCAGUGUAACCGGAAUCUUGCUGCAGCGAUUCACGCGCAUCAAAAUGAGAGUGCUGAUCAUCACCACCGAGAAUGAGUUCCUGGGCCAGGACUUUCGCUAUGUUCAGUGGAAGAUUAUCGAGAAUGGCACUUCGGAGCAGUCAAAUAUGCCCUUUCGCCUGGUCACUCGUGAGUCUCGCGCUCUGGCCUUUAAGUUUCUGGAUAGCCUCAAUGAGACUUGCGUGCUGGAGUGCCACACAGAGAUACAAGCGCAAAUGUCAUUACCCAGUCAGGAUCCAAAGUGUCUGGAUCGAAAUAUUGCCAACUCGUUGCUGUUGGUCACAGGACUUAAGCCAGACACUCGGUACAAUUUGCAUUUCUACAACUGCAAAACGCGUAUUUUCUACGGCGACAUAGAUGAGAAGACCGAACAGGAUCCUCCUGGUACCAUCAGCAAUUCAAAGUUAAUUAAACAGAAUGGCCUGAAAUUGAUGUGGGAGCCACCGAUUAAUCCCAAUGGUCGUGUCCAUCACUAUGAUAUCCGGUGGUCCUUGGACAAUGUAACGCACGAAGCUAUUGUUAAAGAGUGCACCAAAUGCUCAUAUAAGUUUCCAAAUGUCUCGGAGACGGCGAAAAUCCAUGUGGCAGUUCGCGUGAUGGGCGAUACUGGAGCAGGAGCUCCCAUGUACUUCGACAUGAUAAAUAAUAACCACACAUGGCUGAAGGAGGAAAGCGAAUCAUCGCAUUCGGAGGUUUACAGUGGUAUUGCCAUCGGCUCUUUGCUGUCAAUAGCGUGUGUUUUUCUCUUCGGGCUGUUUAUAAUUUUCCAGCAGCGCAACUUCAAGGCCCGCGCCCAGGGACCCACCCACCUGACCACACCGACUGAUAUUAAUUUCGGUAAUCUGAGCAGUGCCUCUGGGAUGCCGGGAGACAGUGCCGGCGGUCUGAGUGGCGGAACAUUGCAGCAGGAUUGCCACGAGAUGCAAACUCUCAUUCCGCGUUCACGGUACCACAUUGAAUUACUGCCGGAGCACAGUUUGGAAUACCAGACCAGCACGGCGGCUGUGGCAGUUGUCCAUCUCGCCAACGGCAAUGGGAGUGUCCAGGUGGCGAGGCGAUCGGAUCAAGAUGGAGCAGCUCAAGGGGACUUGGGCAUAGCCGGAGUGCACAACCUAUCGCAGCUGCCGUUGUGCGGAGGUGGAGGUACAUCGCCGGAGCGCAAGACCGUGCAGGAUGCCAUGUUGCAGGAGGCGAAAGCAUUCUAUAUACCCUAUAGGCAUACGCCACCCAACGCGGUGGCUUUGAGCAGCUCAAAACAGUGUGCGGUGCCCAGUGUGUCCGAACUGGAGGUGAUUGUGCCGCCAAACUCGCUGCCAUUGGUCACCACCAUGCCAGGACUGGGUGUGGUCGGCGGUGGCGGAGGUGGAGGAGGAGGAGGUGUAGGUGGCUCCAGUCGGAGGAGUGGGAGCCUGAGCAGCAGCAGUGCCAGCAGCAGCAGCAACGGCAGCAGUAAAAAACAGUUUCACACAAACUUCGUGCGCCACUCAAAUUCCAAUGAUGGGAUUUGCUUGCUGGCCGAGGAGGAGGCGGCUGCCACCUUAACACCCACCUCGGAACGCGAAUAUGCGGCCGUAUGCCUCACCAAUGGUUUCAAACUGCCCGCCGAUGUGGCCAAAUCGGGGGGCGGCACGUAUAACACCACCAACAAUAACAAUAGCAGCACUAACACUAGCCAGAAAUCAGCAACUGCCAAGGAGCGUCAGCCGCGAGGCAAUGGCAAUCCGAUCUCGUUCAGCCACAAUGCAUCCAAAGUUCCUGCCAACGGACCGGCGUCCGUUAACGUAAACCAUUCGUCGGCGGUCAAGCAAUCUUGGCCAGCGGCGACAGUGGUCCAUCGACGAGCCCAGGUGGAUCCCAAUGGGUGAAGCAAGCAGUAUUUUUAUGAAACUACAACAUAGAAGCAAGCAAAGCAAAACAAAACAAAGCAAGACAAAUGGAUAGGAGAUGGGCGAAAAGUUAUAUAGGAGAGAAAACCACAUUCACAGCUCGAAACAUUCCAAAAGAGUAGUGAUUACGUAGAUGAUGAUGAUUAGAUCACUACGAUGAUUAGCAUUUAUAAGGAGUACAUUUUAUAAAUGUAAAUAUUUAGUAACUGAAACUAUGGAACUAUGGGAGAAAUGAUUAAUUAAGCUAAUAUUUAUACACAUGUAUCUAUGUACACUCGUAUACAGAACACGUACGCUAAGUUGUAUGCUAUAGUUUUGUCGCGAUUCAACGUUUUUACCGUACUUUUGUAUUUGUUUAGUUUUUGUUUGUUUUUCCGUUAAUUGAGGCUCAUUUUUACAUGUAACUUUUUCUUACACAUAAACAUAAUUUAUUGUUGCUUUCGAUGCAAACACAAACACAUAGCACAUGCACACCGAAAUACAUAAGUACAUACAUAUAUACAUAGCAAUAGACCGCGCAGCCCGCAAGUAUGCAUUACAAUAUUUGUCGCUGAUAAUUACUACGUUUAACAAUUGCUUCGUAAUUGCCGCAAAAAAUUCAAUUACAUUCAAAUAGAAUAAAUAUACGCAAACAGAACAGCCAAAAAACCACAAAUACUGCAAUAGCCCACACUCAACCACUCUCAACCACCAAACUACCCAACCACUCAAAUGCCACUCAACCACAAUAGUCACAAGUGUUCACAUCGAUUCCGAUUUAAAACGUAAUCUAUUCAAUAAUAUUUGUAAUUUUAUUUUAUUUAUAUUUGUAGUCCUUUUUUAAGCGAAAUGUUUAAUGUUUAAUUUCCGCAUAUUUACUGCUGCAUUUUGUUUUGUUUACACAACCGAUAUAUCAAAUGUACCUGAUUAUAUUCAUUUUGCAUUCUUGUUUUUGUGCUCUCUCUCUUUCACUCGGUCUCACCACACACACACACGCACAUACACACACAUUCCCUUUGAAAGAGGAACAAUUCCAAUUUGUGCACACAUCCAUAUUGCAUAACUCUAUAAUAAGCCACAUAAUCCAUCGCAUUGCUGCCGAAUUGUAACCUAUAUUAUAAAUUCACCAACCGUACCUCGACAUCAAAGCCACGCCAAACGAGAAUCGACACAAACCGAGCUGCUGCUUCAUUCCACUGAUAUUAUUUUUGAUAGAAAUUGGAAAGUAGUUGAAUUCAGUAGCCAAACACAACGAACUGUGAACCGUUGUUCUGUGUGAAACGAGAUGCGAAAAUUGUUACGAGAUUCAGAGACAGAAACACAACCAUGCACACACUUACCCCCCAAAAAAACCUAACUAUAGAAUAUACAUUCCACUGACGUAUGCAAGUCGCAGAUACAUUGUACACACACACAUAUGACACCAAUUGGAGAUGCGUUUUUAAAUGACUAAAACGAGUACGAGAAAAUAGAUAUAGACAUAUAUUCAAUGUGAACAAAGUGUGUUUGAAAACUGUAACUGUAACUGUAUACGUAUUUAGAGUCUAAGUGCAAUACCAACAAAUAAUUAAAUAGCAAAAGGUAACCUUUAAGAUCCCUGAGGCAGAACAAAACCAACAACUAUAAACAAUAGUACCUUUCCACUCAACCAGAAGCAAUGUUCAAAGUAGACUCACCUCGAACCCAGUUAGUUGCGACUUAGACCAUCCGUAAAUAAACAAUCUGAUUUGUGUUCAAGCGGAAUAAAGCCGCAGACUUUGAACUUCCGAACUUCACCGAAAGGAGUUACCAGUUUGUAUAGCCGAAUAAUUUUACAAUUUACGAAACCAAUGUGCAUGCAAAACACAAAAGCCACAAAAUGAACUUUAACCUACGAAAAGCAUUUAAAUACACACAAAAUAUAUUCCGAAAGAAAAACUCAAAAUUCCUAACUUAAUAAAGAGAAAAACAAAUAGAAUGAAUCGAAUGAAGGAAAAAUCCAUUUUUAAACGUUGCGAACAUUAAGAAAACCAAAAUUUACUAAACUAUUACAUAUAUGCGUCAAAAGGCAACAAGAAAAUGUAUGUACUAAAGUUAUAGAAUUAGGCGUAAGAAAUCCAUAUGAAUGUACGUGUUUGGCAAAAUCGAGUAAAAAACGAUGCGGAGAACUGGAGAAAAAAUAAGUAAAAUAGCUGCGAUUGUGAUCGCCGUGUAAGUGGAUGUGAUAAAUGUUUAAAUUAUUUAAGCGCAAAAACAAUAAAGAGAUACAGAAAUUAAUUAUUAGGAAGGCAAAGAUAGAAAUGCGUAUUGCGACUUUUGCAACGGUUUUUGGCCAACGGAAACCACUCUAACUAAGAGUCCACUAAAAUUGUAAGCAAACAAUGUUUAUGUUCUUAUCUUUGGCGAAACUGCUGCUCUCCUAGCACACUCUCUACUAAGUCUACGCAUUGAAACGUAAAAUUAGUUAUGCGUAUAUUUUUUAAUUUUUGUAAUUUUAGUUCGCAUUUAAGUCCACAUUUUGUAUACCUCAUUAGUAGAGUGGCGAAAAACUAAAUUGUGUAAACAUGUAAAGGCUUGGUUUCUUCGUUUUACAAUCAGAGCGAAAUAUUUGAACUAUUCAUAAUUGAACAAACGAAAACAAAAAUAACUAAUGUAUUUUUUAUGCAAUUUAUAUAUGCAUUGUACAUGCAAGCGAAAUUAAUUAUUUCAAGCAACUAAGCUGCCAACGAUUCGUGUUAAAGAUUUUGAGGCAAGUUAAUUGGCCACCAACAACCAACCAGGCCAAAAAACAGGACAAUGAAUUUUGGCACGGCUGAAGAGUCUAAGAAAAAAAUUAAGAAAGCGCGGUGUUUGUUUAGAGAAUACAAAGAUAUGGCAAAGAAGAAUGAACGCAACCUUAACUAUUGGAAAAUAUACUAAAAAAUAAGUUAUGAUGGAAAACAUA